AUGGCUCUACUUACCAUGAAUUACUUUACUAUAGCUAUAGCAACCGUCAUUGCUCAACUCGGGCUUGUAGCAAGCACCCCGUGGGCUGGAAACACGGGGCAAUGCGUUGUUGAGCCGCAACCCGGCUAUCAUUUCACCGCCUUACAAAUCUGCACCACUGGCAUAACUAAAUAUACGACUGACGACAGUUACAAUAUCUGGACUGGUGGAGACCGCGGUAAGACUUAUUCCAUGAAUGGCUCGCUAUACUUGGCCUUCCUCACGGCAGGCAGCGAUCCCACUUUCGCGGUUCCGCAGCCCUGGGAUUCUGGCUUUUGGAUCAAUACAAUGCAAUACGGAGUACACCCCUUGUCGCCAGGAAAUCGACCGGCCCAGUUUUAUCCUCCUCUACCUGGUUCCGACACCAACACUCCCACACCUUUCGACAUCAACACAUGCACACAGUAUGCAUGUCAAGAUGACCAGCCCUGCGCGUUCUGGGGUAAUGCCGGUUCACCUUGGGUUCCGUUUGACGAUGCAAACUCUGAGGGUGCUUUCACGUGGUGGAACGAUACUUACCAUAAUAAUUACGGGCCCGGCAGUGGCUACACCGUCCUCGACUACGUGAGCCAGGAGCAAACCUUAAACGAGCGUGGCACCGCCAACACACGGUUCGACUGCAAGCGAGCCACUCAACCUCCCUGUACUGAUGUCGCCGGCAUCGUCGUUAACUACCUCUACGACUGCGUGGCAACGUCCCCUACUACCCUACCCGCACCCGGAGGUAAACAAUACAAUUCCGGCCUCAACAAUUAUGGAUGGGGCGACGAUUGUGGACACAACAACAAUGGCGCUAUUGGGAUACUCCUGGAAGCCGUCAAACUGUACUACAAGGAGUCUGACAUCAGGGCCCUGACCACUCAACCUAUAUACUGCAAUGAUUAUAAUAACAGCCCCGAUAUCUGUGUCUUCUACCGAGGUGUCGCUACCGGCAACGGAUCUACAACAUAUAAUUUGCUGAACCAAAUGCACAGUUUUCUGGUUGGCGACUCUUGUGGGAGCAUAGGUGUCGAAUAUCCAGAGUAUAAUGUCGAAGCGUAUGGCUUUCUGACCGUCGGCCAAAUGGGCCAGGACUGUAUCUCACCGACUAACAUUACCGUUACCAAGGAUGGAGUCACCGGGACCGCUUACGCUUGCAAGGGUUUUCCAUAUUCUUGA